UUAAGCCAUCUCUGACCCUAGUCACCCGAGGCCGAGGAACUGUGUUUGAGCCUCGAGGUGGACGGAAUUUAGUGGAGACCGAGCUGACUUGAGUCACAGUACUCAAUCCGGCUCUUCUUCGUUCGGCUGUCAACCAGGCAAGCUCUUCUGUUCUGCUAGUUACUCGAUUAUCAUCCUCCUCCUCUUGUCAUCCGCCACAAUAUGGGAAAGGAAAAGGUGCACAUUAACAUCGUGGUCAUUGGCCACGUCGACUCUGGCAAGUCCACCACCACGGGCCAUUUGAUCUACAAAUGUGGAGGUAUCGAUAAGAGAACGAUAGAAAAGUUCGAGAAGGAGGCCCAGGAGAUGGGAAAGGGAUCCUUCAAAUACGCCUGGGUGCUGGACAAACUUAAGGCUGAGCGAGAACGUGGUAUCACCAUCGACAUCGCCCUCUGGAAGUUCGAGACCGCAAAGUUCUACGUCACCAUCAUCGACGCUCCCGGACACAGAGAUUUCAUUAAGAACAUGAUCACGGGAACAUCUCAGGCCGAUUGCGCUGUGCUUAUCGUGGCUGCCGGAACUGGAGAGUUUGAAGCCGGUAUUUCCAAGAAUGGACAAACUCGUGAGCACGCCCUUCUCGCUUACACCCUUGGCGUUAAACAGCUUAUUGUUGGAGUCAACAAGAUGGACUCCACUGAGCCCCCAUACUCUGAGGCCCGUUUCGAGGAAAUCAAAAAGGAAGUCAGCAGCUACAUUAAGAAGAUUGGAUACAAUCCAGCUGGCGUACCCUUCGUCCCCAUUUCCGGAUGGAACGGAGACAACAUGUUGGAGGUUUCCGACAAGAUGGGCUGGUUCAAGGGAUGGAAGGUUGAGCGCAAGGAAGGAAACGCCGACGGCAAGUGCUUGAUUGAAGCUCUCGACGCUAUCCUUCCCCCAUCGAGACCUACCGAUAAGCCCCUUCGUCUUCCUCUCCAGGACGUGUACAAAAUUGGAGGUAUUGGAACUGUGCCCGUGGGCCGAGUUGAGACUGGAAUCAUCAAACCCGGAAUGGUGGUCACUUUCGCCCCCGUUGGUCUGACCACUGAAGUCAAGUCCGUGGAGAUGCACCACGAAGCUCUGACGGAAGCAGUUCCCGGAGACAAUGUUGGUUUCAACAUUAAGAACGUCUCUGUCAAGGAAAUCCGAAGAGGGUACGUUGCUGGAGACUCCAAGGUCAGCCCACCCAAGGGGGCCGCCGACUUCUCUGCCCAGGUCAUCGUGUUGAACCACCCUGGACAAAUCUCUAACGGAUACUGUCCCGUUUUGGACUGUCACACCGCUCACAUCGCCUGCAAAUUCCAGGAAAUCAAGGAAAAGUGCGACCGUCGUACCGGAAAAACCACGGAAGAGAAUCCCAAGGCCAUCAAGUCUGGCGACGCUGCCAUCGUGACCCUCGUCCCCACUAAGCCCAUGUGCGUUGAGGCUUUCACCGACUUCCCUCCCUUGGGGCGUUUCGCCGUUCGAGACAUGAGACAAACCGUCGCCGUGGGUGUCAUCAAGUCUGUCAACUUCAAGGAAGCUACCGGAAAAACCACAAAAGCCGCAGAAAAGGCCAUCAAGAAGAAAUAACCAUUGUUGUUGUUAUCAUCUUUUUCAUUUGUUAAUACAGCAAUUUAUCGUUAUACAUUGGAUAUUAAUGGGCCAAUAAAAGAAUAUUUUCUCUGGAAGGGGAAAAGAAAAAAAAUA